GGUUCUUCUGCUUCAAUCCAACACUCUCAUUCCAUAGUCACCAUCUUUCUUAUUCUCUUCCUUUCUUUCUCUCUAACUCUGAGACUCCAAGGGAAUAGUAAUAAGAAAUCAUGGCUGUUUUUUCUUCAGUUUCUUCAUCUCUUUUGCUUACCUUCUUCCUCCUCUUCGGUCUCUCUGUAGCUAGGGAAAUACUGGUAGGAGGUAAGACUGAUGCUUGGAGGGUUCCAGCUUCUGAAUCAGACGCACUUAACCAAUGGGCCGAAAGGUCUCGUUUCCAAGUUGGCGACUUUCUUGUUUGGAAAUACGAUGGUGGGAAAGACUCAGUUUUGCAAGUGAGCAGAGAGGAGUAUGUAAACUGCAGCAUCUCAAACCCUAUAAAGGUGUACAGUGAUGGAACGACGAAGGUGAAGCUUGACCGUCCUGGGCCAUUCUACUUCAUCAGUGGGGCAAAGGGUCACUGUGAGAAGGGUCAGAAGCUUGUGGUGGUGGUUUUGACUCCAAGGGGAAGGUCCAGUGGCAUUGUUUCUUCACCAGCACCUGCUCCUGCACCUUCUUUUGCUGAGUUUGAAGGUCCUGCUGUUGCGCCUACUAGCAGUGCCAAUGCUUUGCAUGGGGGCAUUGUCAUGGUGGCUCUGGUUGCUAUGUGGGGACUUUUUAUGUAAAAAAUAGCUUCAGUUCUUUAUUUGUACGUUGUGUUUGUGUUACUCGGUGUGUCUCUGUGUGGGAUGAGACAGUCACAGUGAGGUGAUUGUCAUUUGUUUUUUUGCAGGAAAUAUAUGAUUAAUUUUUUAAAUUUA